UGCAACGCAAAGGCUGACCUUGCUUUCAUUAUCGAUGGAUCAGGAAGCAUAGAAAGAAACGGACUAGGAACGUUUGAAAAUAUCCUGAAUUUUGUCAAAGAUCUCACCAGACGUUUUGCUGUCUCUAGUGAAGGAACACAUGUUGGUGUCAUUGUUUUUGACGAUAACGCGAAGGUAGAAUCUUUCCAUCGUCAUGAGUUUCAAAAUUUUAAAUCCCUGCAAAUUUUUUUACAUUUUUUGUAUCAAAUCUGAUUUGCACGAAGCCAUCCAUCCGAUUUUAUUGGAAGAAAAUACCAGAGAAAAUAAUUUUACCAGUUCAUGUAUUUCUUGAACAAUCAAAGCGGUUGUAAAACACUUUACAGUAACUUUCAAAACAAACAGGCUCCGAGGCCAAAAACACGGCAACCUUAGCUUUUCACACAUUACGCGUAUAUUUUUGGAACGAACCUUAGAAAGGUCUGCGUCACUGGUCAGAAAGAGAGAUUGUAUUUUUACACGUGUGGUAUGGUAUUAUACAAUGCUAACACUGCUUAGAUUGAACUGUUGUUGGCAGGUUGUGUCAGGAUUCGACCAGCAUUACACCCAAUCAGAAGUGAUUUCAGCAAUUGAUGGAAUCCAGUAUCCAGGCGGUGGCACAAUGAUUGGGAAAACUCUCUUGAAAGCUAAGAAUGCUCUCUUUGAUACCAGCGCACGUCCUGGUGUUCCUAAUAUAGCUUGUCUUUUGGCUGGCAGCAAGUCAACAGAUAGAUUUUCUGCUCCUGCUCAGGAGCUCAGAGACUCAGGAGUCACAGUCAUUACCAUAGGAAUGGGUAAUAGAUACUGUAGUAAACAGCUAGGGAAUAUAGCUACCGACCCAAAUUCACGGCACAUGUUCAAAGCGGAGUUUGAUGCGCUGGGAUCCCUGGUGGGUUCCGUCGUAGACACUUGUUGUAAAGGUGAGUCUUUGGCUUAGUUUGAUCAACACUUUUUUUCAGUAACUGUUUUAAGAAGAUAUUCGCAUAAAUACGUCUUCAGCUUAAAGUCAAUCUCUGCAUAAACAUCUUCUCAUGUUAAUGUUAGGACUUCAACUGAGCGUUAAAACAGUGUCUAUUUGGUGUAUUAUUUGUUAACAUCAACCUAACCGCAGUCUAUAAAGUUUCUCAGAUGUUCAAGCCGAUUUCGGCCAUUCUUUAUCAUAGCCAAGAUUUUUCGAUAAUUGGGCUGUUUAGCUAAAAAGGUAGCCUUGCUAGAAACCAAAGCUUUCGCUGCAUUCAAGGAAUCGAACAUGAGUUGCGAAAAGAUUUGCUUAAGUAUUUGUUUUCUUUGUGACUUGUAUUUUGGAUUUUUCUCAAAUUAACAAGUUAUUCUCUCGUAUACCUUCGUCUUAUAUUACAUUAUUAUAAAUAUAACAUUAUUAUAAAUAAUGAUCUAUAAUUUAAUCCAUCAGCGGCAGGAGGAACAGUUCAGGCCUCACGUAAGUUUAAGUAGAACAUAGUUAUGGUUUCUGCGUAAACAUAAAUAGCCGACAUAUUUCCUGUCUUUGAACGUUAAGAUACAACGUCUUUCAGUUGCACUGACUUCCCUAUACCGCCAUUUCUUAUCUCCCUCAGUGUAUUCUCCUGAUAUUUAAAGUAUGAUAUCUAUGACGGCGAAAAGAAAAAACGUUAUAAAACACGACCCCAUCAAAGAUUCUCAGUUGGCUUGAACUUUUUUAGUGUGCAUGAAGUAUGUCUUUGUUGCUGCAUGGAGAAACAAAUUCAGUUAGCAAGUAUGGGAAAGAUAAGACGGACAUAUGCUUCUAUUUUUCCUCUUUUCCAUGAACCUUCAUGGAAACGGUAGGCAGAGGGAGCAUUUCUACUGGAGGCGGUGGCUACUCACAAGGAGUAACAGGUGGAUCAAGCACAGGAGGCUCCAGUGAAAGGGGAAGCUCCUCACAAGCUGUAACUGUUGGAUCAACCACAGGAGGAUCCAGUGUGAUUACAGGUGGAGGGAGCAGCUUUACUGGAGGAGGAAGCACAUUAAAAGUUGGCGGGACUUCCUCCAGCGCUGGAAGUAGCAGUUCUAGUUCGGAAGGAAGCUCCUCGAUGUCAAUUAAAGGUAGAAGUAGCGGUUCCAUUGUAGGCGGUAGCUCCCCGAUAUCAAUGAAAGGUGGAGGUAGCAGUUCUAGUUCAGGAAGUAGUUCUUCUAGAAUAAUAACCGCGAAAGGUGGAAGCUCAAGCUCGGGAAGCAAAGUUAUCUCAAGUCGAAAGAAGAUGGUAAAGAUCGGAAAAGUUGUUCUGACGCCGAAGCAAGGCACAGAUGUAUGGGGUACGGAAGAUAAUCUUGUUAAAGAUGUUAUUUCCGCUAACACUUCAGGUAAGUUUUUUAUAUCAGAGAAAGUAUUUUAAAGAUUUUGAGGUACUAAAAUGAAAGGUUCACCUUGACAAGAAAGCUUAAGAUACGAGAUCAAAACUCAUUGCUACGCCUUAAACUUUAUUUAUUAAUCAUUCAUAUAGUUGUGACCCUAGCUCAGUGAGUGAUGGCUUUUUGACAGCCUACCUAGUUAAAAAUGUGGUAACUAAGCCGUGAUAGUAAUCAAAACAUUCUGGCACUUGGAGUUUUCCCUUCUAGCUGCUUUAACAUGUUACACUUGAAUCAUACUCUUUAUCUGUCUCGUAUACUUUAGCUAACGUCCGACCAGUUGCGCUGUUCCCAUUGAACGAGAGGUACGGGGCAACAGAUGUGAUUGGCGGAAACCUUGCUGGCGUGAAAAGCUACGUCACAACUGCUCAAGGGCCUUAUAAUAAAGAAGGUGGCUCUCUGUCAUUUCUUGGAGCACCAGACAGUUUUAUCGAGUUUCCAAACAAUGGUAAACUGGAUACAAAGGAUUCAUUGACAAUACUGGCCUGGAUAUUCCCUGAAAAGGCGGGACCCAUCUUUAACUUUAAGAGGGACGGGUGGGGAACAAAUCUUUGGUUAGCAAAACCGAGAAAACUGUUUGCUCACUUUGUAGACAGAGAAAAUCAAAAAUCCAUACAGCCAUUGAAAAGCACUAAGAUUGCACCAAAUCGAUGGAAUUUUAUCGGUGCAACAUAUGAUCAAAAAACGGGAUAUGCUGGCCUGUGGAUUAAUGGAAAGUUCGAAGAUUUUAAGCACAUAGGCCGUAUUAGACUGGCUACUAACUAUCCAAUCAGAAUGGGAGCUCGAGUCGGAGAUAAAAGAAACUAUCGCGGACGCAUCGCCUGUUUACAAAUUUAUGAUAGAGCUCUUACUUCAAAGCAGAUUGAUGAUGCAAUUAAUAAUUGCAAAAUUUAUACCAGGCAACAGAAAAAAAAUUAA